AUGGCCAGUGAGAAGAUUGCAUCCAAAGUCGACUUUACUGUCGUUAGCGAGACAGCCGAGGGGAAGCUGGGUUAUAGACAAGGGUCUAAACUCAAGUAUGAAGAAAAUGUACACGAGAGUGAUAUGGGCGUAGAACAAACUGUUGAAAGCCUGAGCGUCAGGGGUCUAUUCGAAGGAUUGCUUAUGCCAAAUACUAUGCAGAAUCAAAACAUUUUAUUGCAUGGCGAUCUAACUUCCACCGCAGUUCCUCAGAUACCAAACACAUCUGAAUACCAGAUGAACUUGGAGCAAACGCACAGGCAUAAGGAGGUCGGACAAGAUUGUAAAGAAAAUAUCAAUCUGAUUAGUACACUUCAGCACCCAUCGCCUGGAUCCCCAAUACCUUCACAUCCAGGUUCUUCAAAACCUAGCCUGGAUUAUUACCAAGAAGAUGAGAGUAGCUCCCUGGCAUCAAUGAUUCAGCAGGCAACAUCAGUUCUAUUAUCUGAAUUGCCAUUGCCCUCAAGUCCAGCCUCUCCAAAGCCUGUAUCAAGCUCGUACCUUAAUGCCAAUCAAGAGUACCAACGAGGCCAUAGCACUCUGGCUAAAUCCCAAUUGGCGAUAUCGAUACCAUUGCCUGACUCUGCCACGUCUUCUCGGGCUUGCUCACCACAUCCAGAUACUAAUGCCGAAGUGCCUGCAUCCCAAACGGCGAUUCCUCUAUCCUCUUAUAAUCUGCAACAAUCUAGCCAAAAAUGCCACCUGAAAUGGGCGCAGAGUCCAUCAGAAGAGGCUUUUUACCCAACAGAGAACUGCGUGAACAUUGAGCAAGAGGUAAAAAAAGACCAGGCUCAUUUUUGCGAAAACAAGUCCGAGCGCAACGGCCACAACUGUAACCACAACAAUGGUUACCAUCUCAAAGUUGAGCCCGCCAGAGACGCGGUAAGAGUACCACAAAAUCUAAUCAACGACUACAAGUCCCAUGACAAUGGCAAUAAUGAUAGAGAUGGAGGAGAGUAUGGAAAAGCUAUUGUCCUUGAAAGUGCACAUCGUCGGCUUUUUAAGCUGAGUAGCACGCAAAGAAACAAGAAAGAAAACGACGCUGUGAGCAGAGACUUGGUCUCUACAAAAUUUAAGAGUUGUCAUGAAGGAGUGCUUCAAAAAGCAGUAGUCAUUGUCGAUCGGAACGAGGCUAUGGAGCCAAGCAACAGUAACAUCCACCAAAGCCAUCAGGGCCACCAAUACAUAAAAUUUACUCCUGGAUGGAGCGAGCUUGCCGACCGACUUGGACAUAGUGCUGUGAUAACAGCAACAGCAACAACAGCAGCAGCAAUAGCAGCAGGAGGGAUCUCAGACUCCAUUUCAACUUCCUCUGUACCAUCGUCGCCUUCUUCCGCCGCAUCGAUGUCACCCAUCUUCCCUCCAGCCAUGCUGAGCAACCAUGACCAUCGGCCAAAACAGCGUCCAUAUUCCCAGUUUCACCCAAAGUUACCAAUUCAGCACCCGUAUCAGCAUCAUGACCAGCAAAUGAGCCCCAAACAGCAGUCUAUGGAUCAGCUCCCGCAGAGCCAACACAAGCGUCUAAGGCAUUCAUGUAGCUUGCCAUCAAUCCUUUGUACACCAGUGGCACCUCUUUCUCAAUCCAUUGCUGACCCUCAACAGCCGUUUAAGUCUGGGGAGCCAACUGUGUAUGAGCCCAGCGACAUAGCUUGGAGCCUAGAGGCAUCCAUGGUGCAGCAAGGAAGCGAUCGAGAGGCACAAAAACUAGAGGAUGGAAUAACACAUAUCGGUGAUGAGGCUGGCAAAAAACCAUCCACAUCAUUAUCAUGGGACCCACUGGACAACGGUAAGACCUCCCAAGAGUCUAAUCCUGCAUCAAAUAGUCUAAAUGGCCUGCAGGCAAGCGCUGUUAUCGCCAAGGCUACCAUCACAGCCUCCUCAGCAACGCCACCUUACCCUCAACCCAUUACUACUAGCUUUAAGGAAAGGCCUCGUCGCCAGUCGUUACUAACUCCGCGACAGCUGGAGGAAAUGAGUCAACGGAAUGGGACUUUAGUACCUGCAUUGAGUGUCAGCAAUGGUGGUAAUUCAUUUUUAAAAAGAGGAGGUUUUGGCAGCUUCCUUCGUGAUCAUUCGAAAAAGAUUAACAGUAGCAGCAUCACUGGUAGCAGUAAUGGCAAUGAUAGCACCAAGAGGGGUAAGAGGGAGAGAAAUGACUCAAAAGCAAGCGAGAAAAGUAUCCUUGAAACCCUCUCCAGCGUUACAGAACGCUAUUCUCAAAAGCGUUCCUUUCUGAAAACAAAACAUCAGCAGUGUCAACAGAAGCACCUACAACAUCAAAGCAGCAGCCGAGCUACGCCUCGCAUCUCGUUCCAGCCGCAUUCGAUUGAACUAUCUACUGAACGGCCGGUGAGCUCAGGACGGCUAGUAUUAUAUAUUCCGCGGCUUCCAGGACUAAAAUUUCACUUUGUGUCGCUGACACUCCAUUUUCGACUCAAAGAAUCUAUCUCUUGGGCAAAACAAGAUUUGGUCACAUUUGAGAUCGAGAAACAGCAUUGGGCCAAGACGUUAUGGGAAAAAAAAUUAGUGCUUCAAUUCCAGGAUAAACAAGUUGAUGAGGCAGGAGUAAUUGAAAGCCCUGGUGGAGUGCUCAAAGAAUACUCGCCUGAGGAAAAGCCGGAUAGUGACCAUUCAACCGCAGAAGCAGCAGCUACAGCGUUCACAGCAACAAAGACAAAGACAUCAAUAAGGUCAGAAACAACGCCUAUGGAUGAAUGGCGAUGGGAAUGGCUCUUGCCUAUUAGCAAGAACGACGUUCGAGCCGAAAGUUUCGAAGGAAGUAUGGGCUUUGUAUGGUAUGAGCUUGAGGCUAAAUGCUUGUUCCGCUGGGAUAAGGUGGAUAAUGAAGGGCGAGUAUUGAUGCCGGGCGGGCUAAAAGGAUCAUCAUCGCCGUUAGCACCAAUAAUACGCAAGAAUGGUCUCGAAUACCCAUAUCCAACUGGCAAGAAAGUUCCCAGUCGUGGUAUCAGCCUGAAGAGGGCAUCAGGUGUCGCGCCUUCAGGGUCGAGAAAGCUAUUAAAAGGCUUAGGAGUUUCGACAAACAAGUCGAUUACUCUAGCUUUUGAAAAGCUACGUAUUGGAAGCAAGACCAAGAUGCCCCAACUUGCAACCGCAGGAGACUUCAAUUUGGAAUCAGAACAUGAAAAGUACGUUAGGAACAGUUUGACGAAAUCUAAGAGCGUGAAAGUAAUGAACAGAAAUGAGGGGAUGUUCAAGUCAGAUUCUACGCCCUCCGAUGAGACUGUAAGUCCGAGUAGAAAGUCUAACCAGGAUGAUGGCCGCCAGGUUACUACCGCAGCUGCAUCUCCAAAAACCUCACAGAGGAAUCGUAAUAGUGACACUAUUACGAACCAAUCGCCCUCGUCUCCCAUUGCUCCUAUUCCAUUCCUGAUUCGUAAGACUCUCAAGCUGUAUUUCAAUCGCCCACAGCUCGGCGCGCCGUCUAAUAGCUUAUAUUCCUUGUCUACUCCAUCCAUGUCCCUUCCAACGCUUCCGAGCACGCGUCGGCUCAAGGCCUUCAUCCCGGGUGCUAAAAUCCAGGUCCAAAUCCAGGUCCCAUCCAUCAUUUCCAUUCCUGGGUAUGGAUAUUCAUCGCGCUUGGUGCCCUGCCCAAAGACAGGAGGGCUAAUAUUGAUGAAGGGUAAAGACAAAGAAGGCCAGGCUGGGAUAGGAGGAGGAGUAGGUUCCCUAGGGGGGCUUGUUAGCAAAAUAAACCUCAAUGUUUUGUCCCAGCAGCCUCAACAACAGCAGCAGCAGCAACAGCAACAACAGCAACAACAGCAGCCGUCCAGUCAUCGGCACCCUGCCAAUUUCCAGGUGGCGCUUACAGUCCGUAAGGUCUCAAAGCAGGACAUUAACAAUGACGAUAUUCUCAAGAGGCGUUACGAAAGCACGCAUAUCGAUACUGGCGUAACAAAGUUUCCACCAGGAGCAGAUACACUAGCAGGUGAUGCUUCAAUCUUUUCAAAUAAUACAAACAAAGGUAUAGAUGCCCAAAGUUCGUCAUUGUCGCGAAAGACAGAGCAACAGAGUAAGGAAUGGAGGCGAGAUAUCCGCGUACGCAAGGUCAUAUGUGAAUUUUGGCAAAAGGAAACCUGCAGGAUCCCAGCGGAUUGCGCCCCAUCUCGCACCGUCCGAGACCUGCUAGGCCCCGUGUUUACAUAUUCGGACAAAGAGGACGACAAAGAGCGACAUCGUACUGGUGGUGGUAUUACUGCAAUGGCAACAGCAGGCGCAGCAGCUGCACAGCAACAAGCACAGGAGCAGCACGCAGAACAGGGUGCUAAUGUUCUUUUGGAUCCUACCAUUACAUCACCGAAAGAUCAUCUUUUGCAGUUACAAGGCGGGACAGAUAGUAACGCUGCAGAAGCAUUGCCAUCUGGCUUGAAGAGUGGACAAAGAAUCUCAGCCAGGCCCAUAAUAGCUUCUCCCCCUCUUCGGCCAUCACAUUCGCCGCCGGGGGACUGCGUCGGAGGACAGCAACAGCAGCAACGACAAGAGUCUUCAAAUGAUAAAUCAUUUACAUUGCUGAUCCCUGUCCCUCUAAACUGCCCCAAACUUCGCCAGACAUUUAUUUGGCCAUCAUCAGAGGUCUCUGCUAGCAGAGGCUAUAAUGAUCAUGCGAUGAAGAGGAAUUACUUUCAAACCAUGGAUUCUUCAGGGUUGGGAUCCGAGACAGAUUAUCCUUCUCAGUCAAGCACAAAUGACAUAACUGGAUCACAACCCGGAAACGAUUAUAGGAAUAGAACAGCUGGCGGCGGCGGCAGCAGCAGCACAAUGAACUAUAUUGGCCCGGCAAACAGCGGUACACCUGUCAAAGUAAGGAUUGAAGUCAAACACUACCUCACAUUUCGAUUAUCAAUAGACGUACAUGAGUUUGAAGGAGAAUAUGAGCAAGAGGAUGAGGAUGAAGAGGACGACCAUGAAAGCAAUGGGUUUGAGGCAGAGAUUAGACAGGGACAGCAGAUCCUACAACAGGCACGGGAUCGAUGGGGUGCUACAACUAGCUACGGACGCGGCGACCUCUCUAUUGUCACACAUGCAUUGCGCCAUAACAGCAACAGCAUAUUCAAUGGUACUGCUGCUGUUGCUCAUCCCCAACAAACCUCAUCCCCCUUGAGCCCUUUGUCAAUACCUACCAAUAAUCUGACUUUGCCCGCGAACAAUCAAGACACAAGUAUGCUCUCCUUAACUUGUAACUCACCUGCACGCCAGAGCCGAGCUAAAGCGGAACAUAUACCAUUAGGGCUUCCUCCAUUGACUGUAAUGCCAAGGACCGCCUCAGGGCCAGGAUUACCUUCGCCUAUAAACUUUGGUGGCAGCAGCGGGCUUAAAGUCAUUGAGGUGGAAACCGGCUUCAUGGACGCUAUAGACAAAGUGAAUGGCCCACAUGGAUUCGACCCUCCAAGCCCAUCCAGAAUUGGAGCGAUGUUUGACUUUUCUAAAAGGCGUGGUUCGAAAACAUCUCUCGGGACACUCAAGAGUAGUAGAAGCGAAGGGACAGGCCAUGGUGCUGCUGGGUCGAUGCUGAAGCCUGGCCGGCAAGCGGCUAGUGUUAUUAGCGAAGGAAGUAGUGGUGUGGAUUCGACCACAAGUGUAAUACAGUUCAAAUCAAGCGGAGAGGGCAGUGGAGGCGGGUUGAUGGCGACUAUCAAGAAGAAGACAUCCGGAUCUGGCUUGGCGGGAGCUCAUCAACAUCAGUCGCAACAGCAACAACAGCAAGCAAGUCGUGUCAUAAUUAAGAAACUUAAGGAUUAUGUGGUCCGGGUGCCCGUUACAGUAGUGAUCCAGGCAGACGAACAUGGGAAAGAGGUUAGCGUCCAUAAGGUUACUGACGGUACGAACGUACUUACCAGUGGAAACGGACUGCAUCAUAGCGGGUCCUUGUCUGAAAAUGAAGAGGCGGCCAGACACAUGGAGACCACAACCGAUGUUGUCACUGACUUUUCGCGCGGAGUAAAUAUGGAUCCACUGGCAAGCAGCUGUAGUUUGGACAGUGUUGCGGCUACUGUAGGAUCAGACAUAUCAGGCCAAUCAAGUAGGCUUGAUGAUAUUCCUCCACCAUCCUCUAUGAUGUCAUGUUCCACCUUAUCAGGCCAGAGAUAUCAAAGAGAUCAAGAAGGAUAUGAUGACACGUCUGUAGUAAUGUCAAGAACUGUUCCACAACUACAUUUACAGACGCGCUAUAAAGCCCAAUAUCCACAGCCCUUGACCUCAUCUAAGCGUGUAUCAUCCUCUGGUUCCUCAACCACCACCGCUAUCGGUAGCGCGGCUGCCAUAGAUGUUUUAUGUCGUUUCGCCAAAAGCCGGAAAUCUAUGAAGGCCAAGGCGCUUAUUGAAAGUGAGGACGAUCUUCAAGAUGAUGAAGUUGUAGAGGAAGAAGGUAGGGAGACUGAGGACGAGGAAGAGCCCGAUGAAGAAGAAGAACGAGGAUAUGUAGUAGUGGACGCACAGGAAGAUCAUGUAUCGAGUGAAUAUACAAUAUGUUCGCAACUAAGCAGACGCACUGCGGGCGCUGCCUUUGGAGGGGAGCUGGAGGAGACUUUGAGUAAGGUUCGAUAG